UAAGAUCGCGUUGUUAUCCUCUCGCGAGAUUUACUAUUAGCAGCACUACAAUGGCAAUAGUAAACACAAGGUGCAGUGAUGAUUUCGCGACGAUUUAUGCACGAGACAGUCUCGCAAACGAUUCGAGUCAAGAAUAUGACAGUCCUCAGGCAAGGGUGUUUAAAAUAAUCGUCAUCGGGGAUUCAAAUGUUGGAAAGACGUGCUUAACUUACAGGUUCUGUGGUGGCAAGUUUCUCAAAAACCCAGAGGCAACAGUCGGUGUGGAUUUUAGAGAGAGGACCCUUCAGCUUAAUGGAGAAAACAUAAAGAUUUGGGACACAGCCGGGCAGGAACGCUUCAGGACGAGUAUGGUGGAUCAUUACUACCGCAAUGUCCACGCCAUCAUCUUUGUGUUUGAUGUGACCAGCCUGGCUUCAUUUGAAAGCCUGCCAGAGUGGAUUGAGGAGUGUGGCCGUCACUCGGUCCCUCCCAUGGUCCCCCGAAUCCUAGUGGGAAACAAAUGUGACUUGAGGGGAAGUAGAGAGGUAUCCACUGUCUCAGCACAGCGACUCGCCGAUAGCUACAAUUUUCCUCUUUUUGAGACGUCUGCAAAGGACCCCGCAGAAAAAGAGCAUGUGGAUGCCAUCUUUCUCACAUUGGCAUACAAGCUGAAGAAUCAUAAGUCAAUGAGGCUGAAACAGCUUAGUGAAACCAGCUUUACACUGCUAACCGGUGAACAGAAGAAAACCUCCUGUUUAUGCUAAGACACUUAAGCACAUCCAUUUUGUGGACAAGAGACUGUAAAAUGUGUGGCAAAGUUGAGUUUUCUGUAUGAAGUCAGAGCAUUCGUGUGUCAUUCAGUUUACUCAGUUCAUGACUAUAGGAAGUCCAUUUGGUAUUUACAUACAGUCUGGUGUCUUUGGAUACGUAAGAUAUAUAGAUCAAGCAAAUGUUUUUUUUUUAUAUUAUGUAAGUGUUUUUUGAUUGUUGUGUCAGAUAAGCCCUCCUAUAUCAUGUAAUACAUUUUUUAGUCUUUAUUUACUUUGCAUGUUGUUUCAAGGUUAUAUGAUUAUUAAUCUAUUUCAACAAUUCUCAGUAUAGUAUUUUAAUACAAUGAAAUUUCUGAAUGCACUCAGAAGCAACCCUAAGGACAUCAUUGUUGUGCACCUUGAAUAGCUGCUAUGGUUAAAUAGUUUCUUACAUGGAUCGUUUUCCAUCGCAUAUUUAAAUCUCUACUCAAUCACUUAUUUAAAAACAGCACUUCUUCCACUCUUUAAAAAAAUCAACAUUGCAUACAGUAUUAAACUAAACCAGACACUUACAGUGAGUUGAAUAAUGCUAAACAACUAUAGUCAUUAUGACUCGAGUAAACACUAGAGGGCACUACUUCACAAAGGUUUCCAAGGUGAUUUUUAAAUAUCUGUAUUUAAAAAAAAACUAAUUUAAUUAAAUUAAGGGAAAACACCUGAAUACACCUCAAAUCAAGCAGCUAUUUCGAUGCAUGUUUACAUUUAUUCAUUUAGCAGACAUUUUAUUCAAAGCAACUUUCAGCACAUUCAAUCUACACAUUUCUUUUAUCAGUAUUUGGGUCCUUGGGAUUGAAUUCAUGAUCUUUGCGUUGUGAACACAAUGAUCUACCAGUUGAGCUGCAGAAACAACUAAACAAAAACGUAAACAAAACAUAAAGACACUAUUAGAAAACCCGCUGUUAUGUUGUUUUUAAUGGUAUUUAAAAGGCUGUGAUGUCUUGAAAUGCUGUUUUGAGAGGAUUAUUGUAAUCAUUUUGUUUGUGUGUGAAGUUUUUGUUUAAGCAAUAACAUUUUGAAAAUGUUAAGCACUUAAAAUUGAAAAUAGUGUGUUAUGUUUAAAGACGUCUCUGUGAUUUGGCAUCAAA